AUGGCUCUUUUAGUGGAUAGAUUGCGACCUCGUUCGCUUGAUUCUCUAUCCUACCAUCAUGAGCUUUCCGCGCGUCUAAAGUCAUUGGCUCAAAGUGGCGAUUUCCCUCAUCUCCUGAUGUAUGGGCCGUCGGGUGCAGGCAAGAAGACCCGUGUGAUUGCGACGCUGAAGGAAUUGUACGGCUCGGGAGUAGAGAAGAUCAAGAUUGAUGCCAGAGUCUUCCAAACGACAAGCAAUCGAAAACUUGAAUUCAACAUCGUAUCAUCCGUCUACCAUCUCGAGAUUACCCCAUCCGACGUUGGCAACUAUGACCGGGUGGUCGUCCAAGAGCUGCUCAAGGAGGUCGCGCAGACUCAACAGGUUGAUCUAUCUGCGAAACAACGGUUCAAAGUCGUUGUCAUCAACGAGGCGGAUCAUUUGACUCGCGAUGCACAAGCGGCGUUGAGACGAACGAUGGAGAAAUACAGCCCCAACCUGAGACUGAUCCUGCUGGCAAAUAGCACGUCGAACAUUAUUGCUCCGAUCCGUUCUCGAACCCUGCUGGUCAGGGUCGCCGCACCUACGGAGGAACAAAUCUGCUCGGUAUUACAGAACGCUGGUAAAAGGGAAGGCUGGCCGGAGGCCCCUGGACUCAACAAGAGAAUAGCCAAGGAGAGCGAUCGCAAUCUUCGGCGAGCGCUUCUCAUGUUCGAGGCGAUAUAUGCUCAGACGGAGAAGGUCACGGACAACACGCCAAUUCCCCCGCCUGACUGGGAAGCUCUUAUCUCAUUAAUUGCAGACGAGAUACUCGCUGAGCGGUCACCGGCCCGUUUGCUGCAGGUCCGCGCGCGGUUAUAUGACCUCCUCACCCACUGCAUACCGCCUACGACAAUCAUCAAGACCCUGACUUUCAAGUUAGUUGCAAGAGUCGACGACGCACUGAAGCCAGAUGUAAUUAAAUGGUCCGCAUUUUACGAGCACAGAAUCACUCAAGGAAGCAAAGUGAUUUUCCACCUAGAGGCCUUCGUUGCCAAGUUUAUGCGCAUCUACGAAAGGUUGGAUCCUCCAUCUGUCGAGCGCGCUCUUUGA